GCCCAUGAGAACCUUGCGCUCCAAAGCCCCUGCUGGCAGGUGGCAGGGAAGAAACAAAGGUUUGGAUUUCCUGCCCUUCGCAGUUUUCUGACUGGACCAGUUCCCUCAAGCCGGCCAGCCCGUCCUGUGCCAGUGUGAGGAUGCAGUGAGGAGAUGGAGGGGAACACGCUUUGUGUUUUUUUGUUUGUUUGUUUUUGACAAGCAGAGUGGACAGUGAGAGAGAGAGACAGAGAGAAAGGUCUUCCUUUGCCGUUGGUUCACCCUCCAAUGGCCGCCGCGGCCGGCGCACCGCGCUGAUCCGAUGGCAGGAGCCAGGAGCCAGGUGCUUCUCCUGGACUCCCAUGGGGUGCAGGGCCCAAGCAUCUGGGCCAUCCUCCACUGCACUCCCUGGCCACAGCAGAGAGCUGGCCUGGAAGAGGGGCAACCGGGACAGAAUCCGGCGCCCCGACCGGGACUAGAACCUGGUGUGCCGGCGCCGCAAGGCGGAGGAUUAGCCUAGUGAGCCGCGGCGCCGGCCACUUUGUUUCUAAAUUAGAGUUGUCGGGAGGACCGUAGGGAGAGAGGUUGCAAUGCGGUGCUUGUGCCUACAGAGAACGAAGAUGAAUCAUGAGUGAGCUGAGAGAGGGAAGGAAAGUUCUGGAAGAGGAUGGGGGGGGGUGGUUGGGGUGGGCCUGCACCAGGUGGAAAGACUUCGCUGUGCGAGUAGGGAGCCUCGCGGAUCAGGGGGCUCACUUCCUUCUGCUCCCAGAGGCAGAUGGCGCCACAGUCCUCCCUGCCAUGUGGAUUGUGGGGGCAGUGGAGCAGCCCUAGGCUUCUUAAAGAUGGUGACGGCCAAGAGAGGGCCAAAGAUAGAGCUCUGGGGUGUGGGGAGGCCUGGAAAGGGAGGUGUCCCCAGGAAGUCCCCAGGGCUGUGAGCCCAGGAGUGUGCCCUGGUGGGCAGACCGAGUAAGGCAGGAAAGUCUCCAGUGUGCUGGGAGACACAUGACCCGCUCAGCCUUGUCACCCCUAAAGUGCAUCCAACCAUGCCGUGGCCUUUCCCCUACGCAUGGAUUGAGCUCGCCUUGCGUUUACAUCCGCGAGGUCAACUGGGCCUUGUCCCGUGCCUUAGAUUCCACAUGGAAAAUUCAGUAUUUUGAAAUAGCAAGCUUUAAAACUCCAGGUGAAAGCCAUGAACUUCCUUUCGGCAGAUGGCAGCCAGUCUGGGGUGGGAGGAAAUGGGUGUGACUGCGCAGGAAGAAGUUUCUUCCCCUAUGCCGCCUGCUUCUAGAGUUUGGGGGGGGGGGGGUCCUUCCCAGACCAACAGGAAAGCCAGGCAGGCAUCAGACUUAAGUAAAAGUUGGCUGUGGUAAGGAUUGAGAGUGGAAUGUUCUAGAGAUGCAGAGGAGAAAGGAAGGAAUUCCUGCCGAGGCGCCUGGCAGAUGAAUGGGGUUUUCCUUUGCAGUCCAGGCCGAAAGAAUGGCAGAUGCCAGAUUGCAGAUAUCAGAGAGGGCCUGGCACAGUUGGCAUAAAAAGUAAGGAUAUAAUAGUGCCUACUUCACCUGUGAGAUUAAUGUGAUUAAGGUGCCUAGCACAGUAGUAACUACUCAGUAAAUGUUAGCCAUUAUUAUUACUGUUGUUGUUAUUGUUAGGAUCACCAUCUGUCCAGGAGUCGCCUGAGGCCCACACAGUUAGCGAGUGGCAGAGUCUGAUUCAGAUACAGGCUCUGCUCAAAGCAGGCACUGCCCUGUACCCCGCACGGCCCCUCCGUUGCUUUCUGCCUGGCCUCAACAUUUCUGAGGCCCAGAAGUCGUUCCCCUUUGUGAACAUUUACAUAGACCCAGAGCAACAGUUUUUCCUGCUGCAGUAGCAGAGACUCUGGGAUCAGGAGAAGGCAGGGAAACAAGGCCUGAACAGCCAGUCUGCUCCCAGCACACAGGCCCCUGGUGUGGUUUCUGUGGGUCGUGGGUCUAUCCAGGGAGACCACCCAGGUUUACAACUCUGGGCUUUUAUCCCUUAGCCCGGGGUUGGCUUCCUUUUGGGGAGGAAAAUCAUGAACCUUUAGUGCUCCCUAGUAGUAGUGAUAACAAAGCUCCCAUUUACUGACGUUCUGAAUAGAAUUUCUCAUCCGAAAUACUCUUCUUCCCCCCUUCUUUCUAAGUAAAAUAUUUUCAAAAUCUCCAACCCUACAGAAAAGUUUCAGAUGUAGCCCUUGCCCUAGAUGCACCAAUCCACACUUGGCUGAUUUGGGUUUCACACAGAUACACAUGCACUUUUCCCCCCAGACUAUUUAAAAGUUACAGGCGUCCAGACAUUUAGCUCCUAGAUUGUUCAGCAUGCAUCUGUCUCCUAACAGCAAUAUUCUCCUAUUUGACCAUGCCAUGAUCCUAAGACAAUUAGCAAGAAGUAAGUAUUAUCUAAUAGAAUAGCUAAUAUUCACUUUUUUUUUUUUUUCCAGUUGCCUAAUGACAUCUUCUGUAGUUUUUGGGUGUUUUGUUUUUUGUUUUUUUUUUGUUUUUUUUUUGUUUUUUGACAGGCAGAGUAGAUAGUGAGAGAGAGAGACAGAGAGAAAGGUCUUCCUUUGCCAUUGGUUCACCCUCCAAUGGCCACCGCGGCCGGCACACUGCAGCUGGCACACCGCACUGAUCCAAUGGCAGGAGCCAGGUACUUCUCCUGGUCUCCCAUGGGGUGCAGGGCCCAAGCACUUGGGCCAUCCUCCACUGCACUCCCUGGCCACAGCAGAGAGCUGGCCUGGAAGAGGGGCAACCGGGACAGAAUCCAGUGCCCCUACUGGGACUAGAACCCCGUGUGCUGGCACCGCAAGGCAGAGGAUUAGCCUAGUGAGCCGCGGCGCCAGCAGUUUUUGGUUUUUUAAAUUAGAUCCAUGGAGCCCGUGUUGUGGUGCAGCAGGUUAGCCUGCCACCUUUAACGCUGGCAUCCCAUAUGGAUGCCAGUUUGAGUUCCGGCUGCUCCACUUCCAAGCCAGUUCCCUGCUAAUGUGCCAGAGAAAGCAGCAGAAAAUAGGCUAAGUACUUGGGCCUCUGCACCUAAUGGGAGACUGGGUUGAAAUUCCAGGCUCCUAGCUUUGGUCUGGCCCAGUCCCAGCUGUUUUGGCCAUUUGGAGAGUGAACCAGCAGAUGAAAGAUCUCUCUCCCCCUCCCUGUGACUCUGACUUUCAAGUAAAUGAUAAACAAAUCUUUUUUUAAAAAAUGAAAAAUAAAAUUAGAUCCAGUCAGGAUUCAUAUAGCAUUUGAUAAUGUAUCUUUAAACAACCCAUUUAAUCUAAAUAGAGCCCCUCCAUCUGUUUAAAUGUCUGAUUAGUCCAUCAGUGAUGAGUUCCUGGUUAUUUCUGUUUGGUUUUUGGUACUUUGUACUCUUUAUUGCAUCACAUCAGGAGCAUGUGAUACCAGGGUCCUGCUGUUCAUCCAUGAACAUUGCACUUGAUUAUUGAUUAAGAGCAUGACAAGCUGAUCUCCCCAUGUUAUGCCCAGUUCAAUUGUCCCCAAAGACCACCAAGGAGCCGCUAUAAAAUACACGAGAGUUUUAUUGCAACCCCGGGUCUGGACUCUCAGCCAUCACCGGCGCAGCAGAUUUGCAUUGAGAGCCCUGACUCUUCAGUUAACAGGGUUUUUAUAGGGUUUUCAGAGCAUUCUAUACAUUAUAGUACCAUUUAGCAAAUCAUCUCAUUCCGCGGGAAAUUCAAAGAACAUCUCUUAGAACUGAUUAGUAUAUCCAGUGGCAGGAAUGGACCUAGUAAAGGUGGUUGCUUGGCUUUGGGGUUGAUGCCUUUUAAAUUGAUUGGCUAAAGUAUAGGGUCCGAGCUGCUGGGGUGUACGUGCCAAACUGCAGGGUUUGGGGAUGUUAUCAAUCACCUUAACUGUCCUGAAAAGAUGCCUAGAACUUUAGGUAUUUCCCUGCUGUCUGCUGAUUGGCUGUUGCUAGGGGAGUUUAUUGCAAGGGGAGUUCGUUUAUUUAUUUUUAGGAGCUUUUGGCUUAGGGUUCAGGUCCCGGUCAGGCCCAAGUUACAAGAUGGAGGCCUAUUUUAAAAUAGCUGCACCUUGAUCCAGGCUCAGGUCUCUCACCCAUUGUAAGGGUGAAAUCCCCCCUUUGCAAUUAGUUGAGUAAGCCAUGGCAUGAUUCAUUGAGUAUGGGAAUUGUGUGCUCCUGAGAACCUCUCACACAACAUCCUUUCCUGACCCUUGCCUGAAUUGCAACAGAGAGUUGCAAAACAAUCCAUGUCCUGAUUUUGCCAUUACUUCUGUAUUUAUUAGCUGGGAUUCUUGUUUACAAAAUAACUUUUCUCCCCUCUCUGUUUCUCCUCCCCCUCUUUUCUUUUUGGUUGGACUCAUGAUUUUUUUUGGUUAAAGUUCAAUUUGCUAGAAUCUAUUAUCAUCCUUAAUCUUUUGGAUGCUCAGAUCAUCCUACAUUUGGCUAGCAUGAGUCCCUUCAGCUCCUGGGUUCUUUUAAUAUAGCCUCACUAGUCUUUGAUUGUGUCUUUGCUCUCAGGCAAGAGAAAUCCCAGGCUCAUCUUGAACUUUUCUUGUCAAAAUCCUGGAAUCUUCAGUUUCUCCAGGAAGCCCUGGUUUCUUUUUACAAGAGAUAGAUAACAUUCAGAAAGCAAGAUGAGCAUGAGCCACAAUGGCAGAGUUGGGCCAAUUUGAAGCCAGAAGCCAGGAGCUUCUUCCAGGUCUCCCCACGGGAGUAAGGCCCAUACACCUGGGCCAUCUUCUACUUUCCCAGGCCAUAGCAGAGAGCUGGAUCAGAAGUGGAGCAGCCGGGACUUGAACCGGCACCCAUACGGGAUGCCGGCACUGCAGGCGGCAGCUUUAACUGCUACACCACAGCACCGGCCCCAGGCAAGCACUUUUGACCUUGCUAAAGACAACCUCAGGGAAAGCAAACAUUUUGCACCCUAAACCUCUACCAGGACCACCCUGACUGCCUACUAACCAGUCUGACUCCCCACACUCUGAAGUAGUGUUAAUAAGGCUUAGAUGAGCUGAUAAAUAUAUAAUACCUUGCACCCAUUUUUUGUUUUUAAGAUUUGUUUGAGAGGCAGAGUUACAGAGAGAGGUCUUCCAUCUGCUGGUUUACUCCCCAAAUGGCCGCAAUAGCCGAAGCUGUACUGAUCCGAAGCCAGGAGCCUGGAGCUUCCUCCAAGUCUUCUAUGCACUUGGGCCAUCUUCCACUGCUUUCCCAGGCCAUCUGCAGGGAGCUGGAUUGGAAGUGGAACAGCCAGUACUCAAACUGGCACCCAUACAGGAUACUGGCACCACAGGCAGAAGCUUAACCUAUUAUGCCAUAGCACCAGCCCCCUAGCACCCAUUUUGGUACACACUGAGUACUCGUCAAACAUAGCUAUUUCCCUCAUGUGCCCUGCAGGGACUGUGGGUGUCACGGCAGAAUUUUAGAGGAGACAGCCACACUUCUUACAAGGUAUCCCCUCUCAAAGAUUUCUGUGUCACAAUUAUAGGUUGCAGCAGGGUGGUUUUCAGGCCCCAGACUGAAAUUGCUCCUUCCCACAGUGCCAGCCUGCGCACCCUCUCAUUUCAGCCACAGCUCCAGAUCCCCAGGCACCCUGGCCUUUCCUGCCCCAUCAGCUGGCCUGAGGAGCGCCGCGGUAUAAUCUGCUGGUCUGACACCAGCGCUUUCCGCAAGGAGGCAGUUAGAGCAGUCUGCUUCCUGGUUCUUUUCCAGGCAAACUUCAGAUUUACCUCUUGGAAAGUCUCCCGCUGGGAAAAACAAAACAAAACAAAACAAAAAACCUGCUCUUUCAGACGAUGUGGGGCUUCCUUUAUUUUCUGCUACCCAGCUCAGUUUACAUUUCCAUUCAACCUUUUUCUUUUCUUUUUUUGAAAGGCAGAGUACAGAGAGAGAGAGCUCUUCAAUCCAUUGUUUCACUCCCCUAGUGGGUGCAACAGCCAGGGCUGGGCCAGGCUGGAGCCAGGAGCCAGGAGCCAGGAAUUUCUUUCAGGUCUCCCACAAAGGUGCAGGGACUUAAGGACUUGGGCCAUCCCCCGCUGCUUUCCCAGGCAUAUUAGCAGGAAACAGCCGGGACUCAAACCGGCGCCCUUAAGGGAUGCUGGCAUCACAUGCAGUGGCUUUCCCCGGUACUCCGUACGCCAGCCCCAUCCAGUCAGCUUUUCCAAUCUAGCUUUUAAAAACCUGGCAUUUUUGUGUUUCACUGCUUUAUCAUUAUCCUGAAUUGCUGAAGAAGUAGGACAGUCUAGACUGCUUGGUGGGCUUGCUGUGUGUCAGCCGUAGAGGAGCUGGGGCCUUCCUGGGAUCUCGUCUCUUGUGGAGAGCAUUUAGUGCUUUUCUACAUUUUUAAUUAUUUUUUAAAGAUGUAUGUAUUUUAUUUGAAAAGCAGAAUCGGGGAAGUCUAUCCCUCCACUGGCUCACUCCCCGAUGGCUAUACCCUGGAGGUUGCUGUGAUCUCCUCAGGUUUGACGCUUUGCAAGAAUGGCUCACAGAAUUCAGAGAAAGAAUUUCUUACUAGAUUACCCAUUUAUUAAAAGAAGAUAUGCCUCUGGAACACUAGAUGGGAAUCUGGGUAUCAGGCAAGUAUAGUGGAAGGGGCCUGGCGCUUCUGUGCUGUCUCCAGGCUCUCCACAUUUUCACCAGCUGGGGAGCUGUCAGAGCCACCAUUGUGGAUUUCUAUGGAGGCUUCAUUAAGUGCACGUGGUGGAUUAAAUCAUUGGCCUUGGUGAUUGUGGCUCCAUUCCCUCAAGGUGAGGGGGUGAAUGGGGAAAGUUCCAGUUCUCUAAUCACAUGAUUGGUUCCUCUAGCAACCAGCCCCCAUCCUUGGGGCUAUCCAGAAUUCGCCUUAUUGACAUGAACUCAGGUGUAGUUUAAAGUCUAAUUUUGUGGAUUCCUGUGCUCUAAUUAAAAUGGUUUUCCUUCUGUUCAUCUGUCUACUAUUGGUUUAUUUCAUAGACAUAGUUUUGGAGGAUAGUUUUUACUCUCCUUUACAAUCACAACCCAUAGUAUGAAGAUACAUAUUAGAGGCUGGCACCACGGCUCACUUGGCUAAUCCUCCGCCUGCGGCGCCGGCACCCCAGGUUCUAGUCCCGGUUGGGGCGCCAGAUUCUGUCCCGGCUGCUCCUCUUCCAGUCCAGCUCUCUGCUGUGGCCCGGGAAGGCAGUGGAGGAUGGCUGAAGUGCUUGGGCCCUGCACCCACAUGGGAGAUCAGGAGGAAGCACCUGGCUCCUGGCUUUGGAUCGGCGCAGCGCACCGGCCGUAGCUGCCAUUGGAGGGUGAACCAACGGAAAAGGAAGACCUUUCUCUCUGUCUCUCUCUCUCACUGUCUAACUCUGCCUGUCAAAAAAAAAAAAAAAAAAAAACCAUAUUAGAUCAUGAUGCAUUUCACACACAUAACUAAAAGUUUCACAAUUGUAUGUAUGACUGAUCACAACCAGUAUUGAUUUCAUAUGAGACUUACUGUUAUAACCUUCAUAUUUUCCCAUUUUAUGGGAACAUAAUUUAUAUACAGGAAAAUUCACCUGGGCCGGUGCUGUUGGAUUGAAGGGUAAGCCUCUGCCUACAGGGUACUCAUUCAAUUCCUGGCUGCUCCACUUCUGAUCGCACUCCCUGCUAAUGCUCCUGGGAAAGCAAUGCAAGAUGGCCCAAGCACUUGGUCCCCUACAUCCAGAUGGGAGCCCUGAGAGAAGUUCCUGGCUCCUGGUUUCAGCUGGGCCCAGUCCCAGCCAUUGCAUCCAUUUGGGGCAUAAACCAGCAAAUAGAAGAUCUCUUCCUUCUCUGUCUCUCUUUCUCUCUCUCUCUCUCUGUCUCCCUAUUUAUAACUCUGCCUUUCAAAUAAUAAAUACAUAUUUUAAAAAAAUAACUAAAAAUAAAAUUGACCCUUCUUAAGGGUAGUUACAUGAAUUUUAAUAAUCUUUGGGGGCCGGCACAGUGAAUUAAGCCAGUGCCUGCGAUGCCAGCGUCCCAUAUGAGUGCCAGUCUGAGUCCCAGCUGCUCUGCUUCAAAUCCAGUUCCCUACUAAUGACGUGGGACAGCAGCAAAAGAUGCCCCAAGUACUUGGAUCCUUGCCACCCAUGUGGGAGAUCCUGCUGGAGGUUCAGUCCUUUGUGGCCAUUUGGGGAGUGAAUCAGCAGAUGGAGAAGGAUUAGAGGUGAGACUGGAAGAGCAAAGUGCUUUGGUGAGGGAGUGGUGCUUCAGGAGACUGGAAUGGAAGGUGGGCAAGCAGCAGGGAGCUGCCUAAGGAGGUAAGGUGUAGGCAGAGCAGACAUGAGCCGAAGUUCCAGGAAGAUUUCUAGGCAUGGUCCAAGGAAACAGAGUAAAAACAAAUUGUUGGGCUGAAAAGUUGGGGCUGCUUCCUCUGUCGUGAACUCGGGGCAGUUGGUUGGCUGAGAAGAGUCCACAUUAGGGUUGGGGCAGGGGAAUUCUGUGUUGGAUACUGUGCAGUAUCCAUGGGGAUGGCCAGGAAGAAGUGGAGUACAUGGCGUGGUUGGGGUGGGGAUGGGGAGAGCAGGAGCUCGGUGGCAUCUGUGCAUCACCACCAACUGCAAACUUGCCACCAAGCUACGAAGCACAGCUCCUGGGAGCUGCCAGCUCCUGCCUCUGUGAGUCAUGCCAUUGUGCCUUUCCUAGCAGGGCCUGUGGAUUUGAGAUCAGGGAUGCCAUGGCCCUGGGAAUGGGGCUUAGAGAAACCAAUGCCACAGAAAGCACCCUAGACCUGGAGGAGAGAGAUCUGCCUUCUCUUCUAUCAACCUCUGCCCCUGAGUGCUAUGUCACUGCCGCUCACCAUGGUGGCGGCAAGAAAUUGGGUGCACACUACUUUUUUUUAAGAUUUAUUUAUUUGGGGCCGGUGCUGUGGCAUAGUAGGCUAAGCCUCUGCCUGUGAUGCCAGCAUACCAUAUGAGCACUGGUUUGCAUCCUGGUUGCUCCUCUUCCAAUCCAACUCUCUGCUGCAGCUUGGAAAAACAGGAGAAGAUGGCCCAGUUGCUUGGGCCCCUGCACCCAUGUGGGAGACCCAGAAGAAGCUCCUGGCUCCUGCAUUUGGAUCUGCCUACGAUUGACCACUGCAGCCAUUUGGGGAGUGAACCAGGCAGACAGAAGAACUUUCUGUUUCACCUCUCCGUCUGUAACUCUACCUCUCAAAUAAAUAAAUUUUUAAAGAAAUGGUGGAGUUAUGGAGAGAUCUUCCACCUGCUGGUUCACUCCCCAAAUGGCUGCAACAUCUAGGGCUUGGCCAGGCUAACGGCAGGAGUCAGGAGCUUCUGGGCCUCCCAUGUGGGUGGUAGGGGUCCAAGUACUUUGGGCCAUUUUCUACUGCUUUUCCUAGGCCAUCAGCAGGGAGCUGGAUCAGAAGUAGGGCAGCCAGGACACAAACCAGCUUUAGGGAUGCUAGUGAUACAGGCGGCAGCUUAAUUUGCUAUGGCUUAACGUCAGCCCCAAGUGCUCACUACUUUUGCCUGCAGAAAAAUAGUUGAGGCACCCACCCAAGGGUCCCUAGGAAUGCCCUGUGACUGCUGACCACCUCAUUCACCCACAGUGCCCUGAGCACUUCAGCACCAACAGAUCAAGGAGAUACAGGGUCUGUAGCCCCUGAACUGUCAGGAAAGACCUCCACCUUCUCCAGUGCUUGCACCUGCCCUGCCCUCAGAGCUGAGCCUCUCCCCAGAGCCUAGGCCAGAAAUCCAGUGUUGUUGGUAGAGAGGACGGUGGUGUUUGUUGAGGAGGAAGACCGAAAGCUAGAAUAUGAACAUUGCUAUCUAGAAAGAAAAGCAGUUGGAGCAGACUAGAGUGCUGAGAGGAAGGAACCAGAGAGGAAAAAGAAGAUUCUGGAAUGAAUAAGGAAGUGACCCACUCCUGAGUCCACUUCCUGUCUGAUUCAGCCCUGAGCCCCUAGCACCCUCCUCAGCUGCCUCUUCCAAAAGGCAGCCUCGACCCUAGCUGCCACCCGUUCUACAGCAGCUUGCCCACCGUUCUCUGGAAACUCACCCACCAUCUGUUUUUGGUUUUUUUUUUUAGUUUUUAUUAAUAUAAAGAACAGAUUUCAUGUGUUUCAUAAGUACAGGGUUUUUUUUUUUUUUUUUAAAGGUUUAUUUAUUUGAGAGGCAGAGUUAGAGAGGGAAAGACAGAGGUCUUCCAUCUGCUGGUUCACUCCCCAAAUAGCCACAACAGCUGGAGCUGGGCCAGGCCAAAGCCAGGAGCUUCAUCCAGGUCCCCACAUGGGUGCAAGGGCCCAAGCACCUUGACCAUCUUCUGCUGCUUUCCCAAGGGCAUUAGCAGGGAGCUGGAUCAGAAGUGGAGCAGCCAGGACCUAAACUGGUGUCCAUAUGGGAUGCUGGCACCGCAGGUGGAGGCUUAACCUACUAUGCCACAGCGCCAGCCCCAUAAGUACAAUUCUAAGAAGAUAAGCAUACUUCCCUUUUUCCCCCUUCAUUCUUCAACCCCCCUCCUUCCAUCCUUUCUUUUUUUCUUUAAUUUUUGCAAAAAUAUAAUUUCAGUCCACUAUGUAAUCACUGGAUUAAUGCACCACUAAGCAUAAUUUUCAACAAGUAAAAAGUAGAAAGACCUCCAUACAAUCUUGGCACUCUCUGCCCCAAGCAUCUGCUGCUGAUUGUGGAACUGCAUGGACUUCAGACACUCCCAAUGGCUAAUGCCAUCCUGCAGCAUCAGAGUCUCUGCUAAAGGCAGGCAUUGGUGCAGCAGAUAAGAUGUCGCUGGAAGUGCGGUGCUGUGGCAUAGCAAGUAAAAGCCCCUGCCAGCAACCCCAGCAUCCCAUAUGGCCUCUGGUUCAUGUCCCAGCUGCUCAGCUUUGAUUCAGCUCCCUGCUAAUGGCCUAGGAAAAGCAGCAGAAGUUGGCCCAAGUGUUUGGGCCUCUGCUACCCAUGUGGGAAACCUGGAUAAAGCUCCUGGCUCCUGGCUUUGGCCUGGCCCAUCCCUGGCUGUUGUGGCCAUCAAGGGAGUGAAUCAGCAUGUGGAAGAUUUCUCUCCCUCUCUCUAUGUAACUCAGACUUUGAAAUAAAUAAAUAAAUCUUUUUGAAAAAAUGGGAGGGUGUUGCUUGGGACGCCCACAUCCCAUAUCAACUGGCUCUGCUUCCAAUUCCACUUCCCUGAUAACACAUACCUGCUAAGACAUCAGAUGAUGGCUCAGUACUUGGGUCCUUGCCACCCAUGUGGGAGACCUGGAUGGAGUUCCAGGUUCCUGGCUUCAGCCCAGCCUACCUCCAGUUCCUGUUCUCUCUCUUUUUCUCUCCAUGAUUUUUUUUUUCCUUUUUUUAGAUUUUUUUAUUUCUUAUUUAUUUGAAAGGCAAAGUUAGAAAGAUGGAGAGACAGAGCGAAAGAGAGAGAUCUUCUGUCUGCUGGCUCCCCAAAUGGCUGCAACAACUGGGGCUGGGCCAGGCCAAAGCUGAAAGGCAGGAGCUUCUCCAGGUCUCCUCACAUGGGUACAGAACCCAAACACUUGGGCCAUCUUCCGCUGCUUUCCAAAGCACAUUAGAAGGGAGCUGGAUUGGAACUGGGACAGCCAGAUCUUGACCUUAUGGGAUGCUGGCAUUACAUGCCGAGGCUUAACCUGCUAUGCUACAAUGCCGGCCACUCCCUCUCUGAUUUUCAAAUUAAGAGGCUGGCAGAGUGUCCCAUUAGACUGGGAAGGAAUUGCACAGGGACCCAGAGAGUUAACCAGGCGCCAGGCAGCUGAGCAUCUCCAAUACCUGCCACGGCCCUCAUGCUGUAGACAAAGGGUGUCAGGGUAUCUCAGUGUAAUGAGGCUCUUGAGCACACUGACGCAGAAGUGUUUGCCACUCCUGCGGAGAGAACUUGGGGAAAGGCCUCCCGCUGAGAUCUGUUCCCACGCUGCGUGGUAUGCAGCCCUGGUAAGAUGUUCCCUGAUGCACCAGCAUCCAUUCCUGACUUACUCCUGCAGCUCUAGGUGCUGUGUCUUGGUAAGUGUGUGUAUUCAUCAGCCUUUCAUUAUGACAAUGAAAUACAUGAGGCAGCCUAACUUUAUAAAGGAGAGGGAUUUAUUUUGACUCCUGGUUGUAAAGGUUCACAUCUCAGAUCAAGCUGUGCCCCCAGCUCAUCCCUGGCGAUGGUUUUCUUGCUGAUAGAGUCCUGAAGUGGCACAGAACAUGACAUGACAAGAGGAAUACUUCCCAGCACCCCAGCCUCCUGCCAUGUCUGACCCCAUCACACUGAAUGUUGGGGGGAAGCUUUACACCACCUCACUGGCUACGCUGACCAGCUUCCCCGACUCCAUGCUGGGUGCCAUGUUCAGUGGGAAGAUGCCCACCAAGAGGGACAGCCAGGGCAACUGCUUCAUUGACCGUGAUGGCAAAGUGUUCCGCUACAUCCUCAACUUCCUGCGGACCUCGCACCUGGACCUGCCUGAGGACUUCCAGGAGAUGGGCCUGCUCUGCCGGGAAGCUGACUUCUACCAGGUGCAGCCCCUGAUUGAGGCACUGCAGGAGAAGGAGGUGGAGCUCUCCAAGGCAGAGAAGAACGCCAUGCUCAACAUCACACUCAAGAAGCGGGUUCAGACGGUCCACUUCACUGUGCGUGAGGCACCCCAGAUCUACAGCCUGUCGUCCUCCAGCAUGGAGGUCUUCAAUGCCAACAUCUUCAGCACCUCUUGCCUCUUCCUCAAGCUCCUAGGCUCCAAGCUCUUCUACUGCUCCAACGGCAAUCUCUCCUCCAUCACCAGCCACUUGCAGGACCCCAACCACCUGACUCUGGACUGGGUGGCCACUGUGGAGGGCCUGCCAGAGGAAGAGUACACCAAGCAGAACCUCAAGAGGCUGUGGGUGGUGCCCGCCAACAAGCAGAUCAAUAGUUUCCAGGUCUUCGUGGAGGAAGUGCUGAAAAUUGCUCUGAGUGAUGGCUUCUGCAUCGAUUCUUCUCACCCACAUGCUCUGGAUUUUAUGAAUAAUAAGAUUAUUCGAUUAAUACGGUACAGGUAAAAGACCUCAGCAACACGGUAAUGGGGAGGUCUCAAGAAACUCCAUGCCAGCCAAGGUCUUGGAGAGUGUCUGGCCAGUGAUGCAAGGCAGGGGACUCUACUAAUCCGUAUUAAUUGCAUAGCAGGACUUGAUUCCCCCGGGAUGAAAUCUGCCUUUUGGAAUUCACAUGUCCUCUAACCAGAACCACCUUUGUUCUUGCCAUUUUGAGCUGGAGAUGGACAGUUUAUUAUGACAAGGGAAGAGUCAGCUGAGGUCCCCUAGAGGAGACCAUGGGAGGACUUUCUGGCCAGGACAAAGGAGCAGCAGUUUUCUCACGUGCUCCAGGUCUCUCUCCCACCAGCCAAUGCCCCAUUUGCCCAUCUAUAAAAAGGGCCACAGGCAGAGGGAAUGGUUUAAGAAGACAUAAUGUACUUGGCGUUUCCUGCCGCACCUGCUCUUCCCUCCCUAGGGAUGCAGCCAGCACCUGGGACUUGUUUGCCCAGGGCAGUCAUGUUUGGCCGGCCUGGAAUGUAGUGUAUUUUCAGAGCUCUGCCACUGGCCCCUCUGGGGCCAGGCUGAGCUGCAGCCUGGGCUUGGAGGAGUGAGCAGGCUCCAGAAGGUGGGGCCAACUUGAGGGAUUUUUGGCUUCAGAAAUGGGCUGCUGUCUCUAUGAAAAUGUGCAAGUAUCUGGAGCCAGGGUAAUGAAAGGCACUUCAUCAUCCAGCCUGCUGCCUGACUUUUGUAAUCCUUUUCCCCAUAAUUUGAGUUAUCCCCAAAAGAGGUCAGUCUAAACGAGGCUCUUACAGACUCUCAGGGUUGGAAAAUAAUUCAGUGGUUGAUUAGCUGUCCUCUGGCCUCAGCACCUUUGGGGGUGAGUGCCUCUGCCCAGGUAUCCCCAAGGGAUGGCCUAGGCUGGCUGGCAUACCUCUGAUGAGGGCAGCACCCCCAGGGGUAGAAGGUGUGGCUGGUAGGAAGUUCUUCCUUCUAUUAAGCCAGGAUCUGACCUGCCACUUCCUUGUGCUGGAUCUUGGCCGCAGAAACCUCGUUUUCAUCCAAGUGCAUUUCUUCACCUUGAAAACAGUCACGUUGAGAGACCAGACGCUUAGCAUUACUCAAGAGCGCAGACUUGACUGUGGAAUCUGCUGCAGAAGCUCUGCUCACCUUCUUCUACCCCUGUCAGUCCCCUGUGUCAUGUCCUCACCAUGUGUGUGUGUGUAUGUGACCCUCACUUCACCCAUCUUCCCCACCAACCAUGGCUCCACAUGCCUUUUGACCAUUUUCUGUUUGGAGGAGCAGACUUGCCACCCCUAGUGGGGGGCCUGCAGAAGGAGGUGUGGUCUCGGAGGGCAGUGUGCAGUAGGGAGCACAGCAGCGGUCUGAACCAUAGCACUGCCCUUGGAGCGGGUGUACAGCCCCUAGGACUCCAUGCCCUCCUCUGUGGGGGUGUGCUCAGAAGUAGUACAUGGGCCUUGUUGGGUUACAGUCUGGGCAUAGAAGCCCAAAGCCAAAACCCAGUGGGCUAUGAGCAGUGUAGGCCUCAGACCUGCACGUAAUUAUGAUUCACCCCUGGAGUGAGGAGGGCCAUGGCAGCCCGAAGUCCUCCCUGCUGGGCAGGGGCCCUCAGACAAAGCCAAGGAAGAGGCCUCCUCUCUUUGGCCCUGUGAGUUGGGAGCUUGUACGCUGGGCUCUGAGCAUAGCCAGGCCCCUUAAUGGCUUAUCCAGGCCUUCCCUUCCCUACAGUGAACCUCGGAAUAUCUUACAGCUGUCACAGGCCACCAGGCCAACAGCAUUCUAGAAAGACCCUCAAAGAGAACCCACUUUAGACCAAGCCACAGAAGCUGUGACCACAACAAAACAGUUUGAGAAUAAAAAACUAUUAUAAAUCACCACUGCCCUUUUUUUCCCCUCUCCAUAAAACUUCUCUUUUCCCAUCUUUCUGGUGCUUCCUAAUUCAAGCAGCUUGACUCUAGAGAGAAAAUGUGGAACCUGUGAAGCCACUAACAUGCUGUGUGACUUUGUGCCUGUCACUCACCUCACUGAGCCACCUCCACAUCUUCAUCGGUGAAAUGGGCAUAACAGUAACACGUAACCCUACCUACCUCACAGGGCUGUUGUGAGGAGCAAAUGAAAUAAUGUGUGUGAGAAUAAAUGAUAAAUGGUUGUUAUGA